UCCCUUUCCCUUGUCUUACCUCCUAAUUCCUGCUUUGGCGGACAUUGUUGUCCCCGGAUUGCAGUCCACCAGGCUGACAUAUUACUGUUGUUAUUUUUCCUGCCUCCGAAGCAUACCUCCUUAGCCUUCCCGCUGUCAAAGCAUAUCUGCAUUCUGCUGCACAUGUCUCUGCAUUAGAUAGUCUUCAGUCUAGUGCUCCACCACCUGCAAUUAUUGUUCUGCCGUGUCAUUUUCGUUCCGCCAGCCUCGCCCUCGCUCCGUCCCUCAUCCCCCUCUUCCCCCACGUCCUCCGUGACAGGCCCCGGCUUGCCAGAUGUCCAGUCCGCCAUUUACGGUCAAAGCGGUCUUCGAAUACACUUCGAGCCACGAUGACGACCUCAACUUUUCGAUCGGCCAGAUCAUAACCGUCACGGCGGAGGAAGAUGCGGAAUGGUACUACGGUGAGUAUACCGACGACUCGGGGCACAAGCAAGAGGGUAUUUUCCCCAAGAACUUUGUGGAAAGAUACGAACCUCCGGCUCCUCCGAGGCCGACACGCCCAAGCAGACCGAAGAAGGAAGCCGAUGUGGCCCCGCCCCCCGAGCCCGCUGUCGCUGUCGAGCCCCCUGCGCCUGAGCCUCCCCGCGCACCAGAGCCGGAAGUAGAGGAAACACCUGCCCCUGUGCCUCAGCUUCCUCAAUCGCCGCCUCCUGCUCUAGCGUCACCUAUUCGCGAGUUUCCAUCUCCCCCGAAGCCGGCACCUGCCCCGGUUGCUGCCCCCGUUCCUCAGCCCCCUCCAAGUCAAAUCAGUGAACCAGCUCCGAAACCAUCGACCAAGCCCCCACCUCCCGCUGUUGCUGAGAAGCCGACUGGGUCGUCGUUCAGGGAUCGCAUUGCAGCCUUCAACAAGCCCGCUGCACCGCCAAUUGCACCCUUCAAGCCAGGUGGUUUGAGCGCUCAGAACUCUUCCUUCGUCAAAAAGCCGUUCGUUGCGGCACCUCCAAGUAGAGAUGCCUACGUACCCCCGCCCCGGGACCCUCCCCGGAAGAUCUACAGAAGGGAGGAGGACCCAGAAGUCCAAGAGCGUGCUGCGAGAGAACCCCCCGUUUCCGAAACCCGGCCACUGUCGAGCGGAGGAGCCGAGGAAGGAGCCGAGGAUCAGCCCAAACCGACAAGCUUGAAGGAGCGGAUUGCUCUGCUACAGAAGCAGCAGAUGGAACAAGCUGCUCGUCACGCCGAAGCCGCCCAGAAGAAGGAGAAAGCCAAACGUCCCCCAAAGAAGCGUCUCGAGUCUCAUGAAGAAGCUAUGCCCGCGGAGGACAUUGCGGCCGAGGCAACUGCAACUGCCGAGCCUGCAAGAGACCAUAGUGUUGAUACUUUGAAGGCUGGUCACCCUCCGGUUCCACAGGCAGCCAUGCCUCCCCCACCUGUGCAGGAGCUGGCCAGCGAUGCCAAUGACGCCGAUGACUCGGCUGCUGCUGAUACGGAGGAUGCGGAAGAGACGUCUACUAGCAAGGAGGACUAUGACGAGCGUGCCCGUGCGGAGACUCAACACGAAGCUCAAGCCGAAUCUCAACGGAUAGAGGAGCAAGGUGAAGAACAUGAGGCCCCCGUUGACGAAGUGGAACAGGAAGAAGAGGAGGCAGAGGAGGAAGAAGAAGAAGAAGAAGAAGAGAUAGACCCCGAAGUCAAGCGCAAAAUGGAGCUCCGGGAAAGAAUGGCCAAGAUGAGCGGUGGAAUGGGUAUGAUGGGCUUCUUCGGACCUCCUGGUGGUAUGCCAGCUCCUCGCAAGCCGAAGGCACCCGUUGAAGCGGAGAGGCCAUCAGGGGAGUACGAGAGAGCAGGCCCAACUGCUGCGCCUCCAGUUCCCAUCAUGGCUCUACCGGGAAUGAAUGUGGCCAAGCCUACUGCUACCCCAAGCGUGGAAAAGGAGGAAGAAGAGACCCUGCCGAGUCCUGUGACCGAGCAGCGUCCCCCGCAUGAGGUUCCUGAUGUCGAGGAUGUUGUAGAGGAGGAGCCUCCUCGACGCAUGUCGACCGAUAGGCCACCUGCGCCCCUAGAACGCGCGGCUCCUCCGCCUCCACCUCUCGAAACACGACCGGUGCCACCCCCUCCCCCUCACGAUGCGCCUUUGUCUCCUCCGCCUGUGCCAGGACAUCAAAUGAUUCCUCCUACCAAGAGCGUCGGGCCUGCUGACCCGGGCGAGGAAUCGGAUGAUGAGCUGUCAAUACAUGCUAGAAACUUGUCUUUGAAUGCUGCGGCGGCCGACCAGCCCUCAAACCAGCCUAUUCCGGCACCCCCGAUCCCCGAUCACCUCGAUUCUCGCCGCUCAUCGACAUACGAGAUUAUAUCUCCGAGAUCACCGACUCUCCCCGCUGAUAAGAGACUCAGCCGCCCUCCUCCGCCAGUUCCAGGGAUUCCCCCGGUGCCCGCUCAGGCUCGACAAGCUCCCCCACCACCUCCCGCCAAUAUCCGCCGUAGGUCAACCACCGACAGUCGGACCAGCAUGACUUCACAGUCCCGCCAAGCUGGCGAGGAGGUAGAAGGCGAAGUCACCGAGUAUGAUGGCGACUAUGACACGGAUAUCGCAUCUGGCGCCAAGUACAAGGAUGCACUCAAAGCGCAUGGACGUGAUUCCAGCUUCGAUGAAGGGACGAUGGCCGACGACCAUUCUCUUCAAUCUCCUCGGAGCCCACCGCAGAGUCGCCUUCCUCCUCCCCCUCCCCCUAAUGCUCCCCGGGCAGUCCCGCCUCCGCCUCCCAUCCAGCCCCCAAGAAGUGCGGGCAGGGCCUCGGUGGAGUCCCCUAGGGGGCCCCCUCCUCCGCCUCCACAUCGCGAAUUGUCCUACGGCCGUGAUGAGGAUGAAUAUGACCCGUACCGUUAUUCCGCUCCACAGCAUGGAUUGCCUACUCCAAGGGCGCCUCCCCCUAUGCCCGCUGGGCCGCCGCAGCUACCGCCCGCAAUCCCGACCCAGGCUGCGGAAGAAGAGUCAGACGAUUUCUAUGAAGCGUCGCCGGUGCUAUCACAGCCCGAGGCUUCUACCGGCCAUCAAUCUGAAAAGCGUGCCUCGAUGGCGCCCCCGCCUCCCACGUUGCCUCCACCCACACCGCGAAGCAACCGUGCGUCGCUGGAUAUCCCGAGAGCGCAGCCGAGCAUGCGGCGAUCCAUGGAUGUCGCUCGCCCGUCCAUCGACCAAGGAUACAUCGCCACGGACGUUGACUUGGCAGAGAACACACUCUGGUGGACUCAGCAUCACACUCCUCCGCCGGUAUUCCAGAACCGCCGGGACGUCCUGCUGGAAUUCGAGGAGUCCAAUUCUUCCAAGCGAGGCGGCAAGACUAUGGUGACCAAGGACAUCUACGUCCUUUUCAUCGAUCACUCGCAAACGGUGAUCACGGUGAGCUUCGAUCCUCGCAAUCCCACCGACGCCGCCUUCGAGCAGCGUCACGAGGCUCCUCCCAUUCAACCUCGCCAGGACCAACUCGAGAACGCCCAUCUGCAGAUCGGCACUCGCAUUGCGUCUGCUGUCAAUGCCAUCCAGAACACGACGGUUGCGGAUGGCACUCCGUUUGGGCUUGUGCAGCACUUACUCAGUCCCUUGUCAGAUGCUCUCCUGCCGGUAGGCACGCGCGCCUAUGGUGCAUUGGUGUACUCGAAUCUGGCCAAUGCGUCGGUGCAGCAGAACGACGAGAUCCGCGCGGGCGAUAUCGUCAGCUUCCGCAAUGCGCGCUUCCAGGGACAUCGCGGCACGAUGCACCAGAAGUACAGUGCGGAGGUCGGCAAGCCAGACCACGUGGGUGUUGUGGUUGACUGGGACGGCACAAAGAAGAAGAUCCGUGCGUGGGAGCAGGGUCGUGAGAGCAAGAAGGUCAAGGUGGAGAGCUUCAAGCUGAACGACCUGCGCAGUGGCGAAUGCAAGGUAUGGCGGGUGAUGCCGCGCAGCUACGUGGGCUGGGAGAAAUAAGCAGCAAGGGUUCGGUCUAGCUGGGUGAGGGACAGGUGGAAUCUCCUCUUUCUUGGUGUCCAUGGACCAACAAGGCCCGAGGGACAGCCAGGCAGUGAGCUGGAUGAGUAAAUGAUUUGAUUCUGGUAUAUCUAAUUGUUACAUGAUGCAGGGGCUCUGUCACACUUGUGUGAAGUGCUCCGAUCUUACAUUCUGUUGUAUGUACCUAUGUUUACCAUUGUGCUUAAUCUACUGCCGAUGGAUGUUGUUAUUAUUAGGCAUGGUGCGUGAUUGCCAAUUUAUUGUGAUAUAUGUAUA